CAAAAAAAUGAAAUAAUAUUUUAUAAUCUUUAAAAUUGAAAUUUAUUUAAUACUUUUACAAGCGGUAUUAAAUAUUUAAAUUGAAUGUAUGGGCGAUUUAUUUUCCAAACUGAGUGGAAAAAGACGUACCAAGAUAACGGAACAUGACAUCAUUGUUUUGCAAAUGAAAAGGCAGCGCGAUAAUCUACAUCAAUACAGAAUGCGCUUGGAAAAUAAUAUGGAGAAGGAGAGACGAAUGGCAAAAAAGUUAUUAUCUGAAGGAAGGAGAGAAAAAGCUAAAUUGUUGUUAAAGAAAAAACGGUUUCAAGAAAAUUUAUUGGAAAAGAACGAAAAUAUAUUAGACCAAGUUGAAACUAUGAUAUAUAAUAUUGAAUUUUCCAAUAUACAAACUGAAGUUGUCCAUAACCUUAAAUUAGGAAAUGAUUGCUUGAAGCAAUUGAAUCAGCUAUUUUCGAUUGAUGAUAUAGAAAAAAUAAUGGAAGAAACUAGAGAGGGUGCUGAGUAUCAAAAGCAAAUUGAAGGUAUUAUAUCCUUAAAUUUUACCCAAGAAGAUGAAAAUGAUGUCCUGAAGGAAUUGAAUGAAAUUUUGGAUCAAACAAAUUUGGUGCUACCCGAUGUACCUAAAGAACCUCUUAUUAAAGAUAAAAUACCAAUCAAGAGCCCAUUCAAACAAAAAAUUCCUCUACAAGCUUGAAUGGAACAAUUUUUAACAUUUGUUUUGCUAAAUUUUAUAUACUAUAAAUAAUUGUGAUAAAAAAAAAUUAUUUUUGAUAUUUUAUAAUUGAAUCGUGAAUAACAUUUUGAUCGAAUUCUAAUAUAAGAUGAAAGAGGUUUAUAUAAUAAUAAAAAUAAA